AUGCCCAUUGAAGAAUUGGAACCAAUCCCCGUGGCUAGUAUGGCAUCCGCAGUAUCAUUUGAGUGUUCAAAUUCGGGGUUCCAGAUGGGUGUGAACCACGGCUCGGUCACCAACCACUACUAUCUGCCCGUUGAAGAAACGAAAGAGACAAAACCUAGGCCUUGUGAUCAUUCUCAGGCCCACUAUAUUAUCCCAUCCUUGGAAAAUCGUCACUUUACUGGCCGUGAGUCCACGCUAGAUGAGCUUAAACAGAAGCUAUUUCUACAAGCGAAUACCGAAAAAUUAGCUCUAUUCGGACUAGGUGGCAUUGGCAAAACACAAAUUGCUCUUCAGCUUGCCCGCUGGGUGAAAGAGCAUAUACCAGACUGCUCCGUUUUCUGGGCUCCUGCUCUUAGUCUCGAGAGUUUUGAGCAGGCUUGUUCGCAAAUCGCGAAAGAACUGCAAAUCCAUCAGGAUCCAGACGGUGAAAGUGCGAUGGAAUUAGUACGCCGGCAGCUAAGCUCUGAUAAAGCCGGAAAGUGGCUUUUCAUUGUCGAUAAUGCCGAUGACGUGGACUUAACCUUCGAUGAGCUUUAUCAGAAUUUCCCUGCUAGCAAGAAAGGCGUCACUUUGCUCACUACUCGCUCCCGCGAAGUAGCGCUAUCGUUCGCAGGAAGGAAUAUCAUUGAGCUCCAAAAGAUGACAGCAGAGGAAGGGAUUGCUUUCCUAACCAAGAUUGUAGGAGAGGACUCGCUUUGUGACCAGAAUUCUACUAUGCAAUUAUUGGAAGAGCUGAACUUCCUACCACUAGCGAUUGCACAGGCAGCUUACUAUAUUUGUCGAAAUGAUGGAACGACGACUCGGUACCUCCAGCUUAUGCAUAAUACCGAGAAAGACCGGAUGCGUCUAGCGAGCAAGGAGUUCCGCGAUAGCACGCGCUAUCCCAAAAUGCCAAACGCGGUGACCACCACAUGGCUUAUCUCAUACAACCAAAUCAAGGGCUCUGAUCCCUCUGCUGCUGAUUUGUUGGCAUUCAUGUCGUACCUUGAGCCAAAAGCAAUCCCCCAAUCUAUUCUCCCUACCCUCGAUUCGGAAGAGGAGAUGGAGUUUGCUAUCGGUACGCUGUGUAGCUAUGGAUUCCUCACCCGGAGGGACAAUAAGAAUAUGUUUGACAUACAUAGCCUGGUACAGCUAUCAACCCGCGUUUGGAUAACAGAGGCACGGAAGACACAAGAGAUUAUCACAACCGCAACGCAAUAUAUGAGCAAGCAUUUUCCAUCUAAUGAAUACACUAAUCGUGACGCAUGGAGGAUGUACAUGCCACACGCCCUUGAAAUCCUUAAAAGAAAGGAAAGUCAAGAUAUGAGUGAAAGGUAUGCCUUACUUUCCAAAGUUGGGAAAUGCAUUCUAGCGGAUGGCCGAGCAAAAGAAGCUGUCAUUCUUUUUAAAGACGUGUGUGCAUGGAACGAAAGUCACUAUGAUGAUGAAAAUCCUAAUCGACUAGCAUCUCAGCACGAACUCGCAAGGGCAUAUAUAUUCAACUGGCAGAUCAAGCAGGCUGUGGAGCUACUUGAGCACGUGGUCGCGGUGCGAGAGGGAACGCUUGACGAAGAACAUCCUGAUCGACUAGCAUCUCAGCACGAUCUCGCAUGGGCAUAUCAAUCCAACAGGCAGAUCAAGCAGGCCGUGGAGCUACUCGAGCAUGUGGUUAUGGUGCGAGAGACAAUACUUGAUGAGGAACAUCCUGAUCGACUAGCAUCUCAGCACCAUCUCGCAGGGGCAUAUCGAUCCAACGGGCAGAUCAAGCAGGCUAUGAGGCUACUUAAGCAUGUGGUCGCGGUGGCAGGGAGAACGCUCAGUGAAGAGCAUCCCAGUCGAUUAGCAUCUCAGCAUAAUCUCGCAUGGGCAUAUCGAUCCAACGGGCAGAUCAAGCAGGCCGUGGAGCUACUUAAGCAUGUGGUCGCGGUGCGAGAGACAACACUUGAUGAGGAACAUCCUGAUCGACUAGGGUCUCAGCACGAACUCGCACGAGCAUAUCUUUCCAACGGGCAGAUCAAGCAGGGCGUGGAGCUACUCGAGCAUGUGGUCGCGGUGCAGGAGAGAACGCUUGACGAAAAACAUCCCUCUCGACUAGCGUCACAGCACGUACUCGCACGAGCAUAUAAAUCUAACGGGCAAAUCAAUCAGGCCGUGGAGCUACUUCAGCACGUGGUCGCGGUGCGAGGGAGAACGCUUAAUGAGGAACAUCCCUCUCGACUAGCGUCUCAGCACACUCUUGCACAGGCAUAUCAUUCCAACGGGCAGAUCAAGCAGGCCGUGGAACUACUUAAGCUUGUGGUCGCGGUGCGAGAGACAACACUUGAUGAGGAAAAUCCUGAUCGACUAGGGUCUCAGCACACUCUCGCAUGGGCAUAUCGAUACAAGGGGCAGAUCAAGCAGGCCGUGGAGCUACUUGAGCACGUGGUCGCCGUAAAAGGGAGAACGCUUAAUGAAGAACACCCUAAUCGACUAGCGUCUCAGCACGAACUCGCACGAGCAUAUCAAUCCAACGGGCAGAUCAAGCAGGCCGUGAAGCUACUUCAGCACGUGGUCGCGGUGCGAGGGAGAACGCUUGACGAAGAACAUCCUGAUCGACUAGCAUCUCAGCACGAUCUCGCAUGGGCAUAUCAAUCCAACAGGCAGAUCAAGCAGGCCGUGGAGCUACUCGAGCAUGUGGUUAUGAUUAAGCAGGCCGUGGAGCUACUUAAGCAUGUGGUCGCGGUGCAGGAGAGAACACUUGACGAAGAAUAUCCCUCUCGACUAGCGUCUCAGCACGAACUCGCACUGGUAUAUGAAUUCAACGGGCAGAUCAAGCAGGCCGUGGAGCUACUUGAGCAUGUGGUCGCGGUGGAAGGGAAAACGCUUGAUGAACAGCAUCCUGAUCGACUGGCGUCUCAGCGCGCUCUCCAAGACAUCAAGCAGUCGAUCAAAGCAGCGAUCACGGAGAACAUGUCUCCAUCAUCUCCCGCUGAUAUUGAACCUUAG